AUCUAAAUAAAAAUGGCAGACGAGAUAACGAAAAAAGAAAUAGGUAACAUUUAUAGGAUUUUUUACUCAUUUUCCCUAAUUAAUUGAUAGAUUACUAUUGUUCAUUAAACUAUAUAGGACUAAAUCAACUGCAUUUCUAUUGUUGCCAUUGGUAGAUCUACCAGUGUCCUGACUGUCAUCCAGUCGUAAAACAUACGAAUAGAGUUUUGUCGUUGAGAGAAAGGUCCAGUGUAACCUUUGUAACCAUUGUAACUCUGAGUUUAAAGAUAAGUGGGUUUUGAGAGAAAGGUCUGUAACCCUCGUAAUCUUUGUAACCCUGAGUUUAACCUAAUGUGUGAGGACAGAGCUCAAUCAAAGUAUUUUAACUAUAGACAUUUUUGAUCCGCCAAUUCAUCAAAUGCAGGAAACUCUGUCUUGUUUCAUGCCGAUUGUUUGGCCGUUCUUGGCACACUGAUUUUGACUACGGAUAACUCCGUUUACCUGAUCAGGAUAUGUUUGUCCAGUUAUGAAUCUAGACACUAAUGCCAAUACUUUUUGCUUCGUCCUCAAGCACAGUCACGCAGCAAGACAUUAAUUUUUGUUUGAAGUGCAAUAAUAUGAAAAGGUGUGCUCAUUAAUUAUUGUAAAAACAUUGUUAUUUAAGUUUGUACAGCAAUCAAUGUAAUAGUGUUUCCAUUAAUCAGUGAAAACUCUUUUAGAGUCUUUAUAACUGCAUUGUUGUGCAAUCUUUAAUCAGUAAUCGUGAGCUUACAAUAACCUAAUUAUUAGAAGUUUAAAAAAAACUCAAGAAGUUCAAAGAAUUCUCAGAGCUUAGGAAUAUUUUUGAUCAACUGUUUGAAACCAAGGGUAUAUAAGCCAAUCUUCAAAAUGGCCCUUCAUUCUGACAAUGGAAUUUCUAUGCCAGUACUGUCACCGGGAGGUCUGACCCCAGCAGCAAGCAUUAUAGAGUGUGAAAGGUGCAAAAUGUGGCAGCAUUGUACAUGUAAUACAGAGAAGGAAGUGGAGGUAGGAGAGGAGUUGAAGGAACCCCCUCCCCCUGAUGUGGUGCAGCUAUGUCGUGAAACAUUCCAGAAGUCAGCUGAGUAUCUUCAUGGAGAGCUUGAAGGAACAAUAGAGGAUUACAAACUCUUAGAAGCCCUCAAUAGAAUCACAAUCACAAAGUACACAGAUAUGAAAGAAUUGACGGAGAACAUCAGUAAAGGACUUCAGGACCUCAAUGACAAAUAUAGUAACCUUCGACCUUUCUUGGAUCAGAUCACUCAGAUUGAUGAGAAUGUAACAGCCCUGGAGCAAGCAGCUUACAAACUGGACAACUAUUCCAAGAGACUAGAAAGUAAAUUCAAAGCCUUGGAAAAGAGAUAAGCUGGAUCCAGGAUGUAACCUUGUAACUACACUGUGCAAUAAUUGACUGUAAAAAUUAUUCCUUAAUGGACCAUUUUUGAUGUAUAUGCAUUGGUUUUUAUUGAUGUUUAUUUUCUAAUAAACUUUUUCCCCAUUGUAA